AUGGCAGCGGGCUACUUUGCCCCGAGUUACCCUUCUACUGGAGAGCACGAGGCCAACCUCCAAGAGGUCCGGCAGCAACUUGCUUUACUCAGGCGUGACAAUGAAGCUCUUAGGGAGGAGAUGAGAAAGACAAUGCGAGAAAACAACCAUCAGACGGAGCGGGCCGUCUGGGCGCGGUACAAGACGAAGGAUUUGGUGGAUCGCGCGGAUUACAUUCGCAUUGCUACAAUCACGAAUCCUUCUCCGAUUGGGCAAUACUGCCCAAAGCUGCAAGGUCCCGAGCCAGAUGAGUAUUACCAGGGCCAGAUUCAGAAAGUCCGGCAGAAGACUCGAAGCACGCUGAUGAAAGAAGCAGCAAGACUGAAGGGCCAGCACGUUGCAGAGGAUGCGGUCCCUCCACAACCCAAGGAGGUGCCAUGCAAUUUCAGCCCUUCGCUAGGAACAGAAAGCAGUGUGGGAAAACUUCAGGAUCCAGUGCUACUAGGACUCCGCAAUCAAACACACUGGAACUCGAUGCGGAAGCCUGGGAAGCUGCCAGAGCUUCUCCCGCGCGACAGCCCAAAGCAUGCUUUCAAGGAGAACACGAAUGCAUGGAUGGCACGGUCCAACGAAGCAAGUCCGGCGCGGAACCGCAACUAUGUCUCCGCGCUGACCCGCUCGCAGUCGCGGCUCAGCAUCCCACAACUGCAGGCUGCCUGGAUAUGCUUUUUGAAGACUUCUGCGGUCUGA